AUGGAUCACAACAUUGACCAUUUGUACGCGGCAUUCAUCACAAGAUUAGCUCCUGAUACUUUGAAACCUUGGUUGUUAUCUGGAAGAGACGAUCUUGUUGUUGUUGAUGUUCGAGAUUCCGAUUAUAAAUAUGUAUAUAAGGCAUGUCUACCGAGCUCUAUCAAUAUACCAGCUCAUACUUUUAAAGAUUCAAUUCCUGAAUUAUUGAACAAGUAUCCAAUUGAUCGUGGUAAUUCUAAACAAAUUUAUAUCUUCCAUUGUAUGAGAUCUCAUCAAAGAGGUCCUUCAAGUGCUAGAAAAUUUCUAAGAUAUUUGUUAUUACAUACUGAAUGUGGUAAAGAUUUCACAAAGAUCCCCAAGAUUUAUAUUCUUGAUGGUGGAUUGAAAAAAUGGAAUCAUUUAUAUGGUGGUGAUAAAAGAUUAAUGAUUCCACUUAUACAAAAUUGA